AAGUAUGUUUACAAGAGUCUAUGUGCAGAAAUGAAGUAAACACAUGUGUCCCCUGAUAAGAAUGAGCCGAUCACCUUACUUUUCGUCUUGCGCCCAAAAUACUCGGUCUGUAUGCAAAGCUGUAGCAUCGGCUCAACCCUCAGUCAAAAAGACUGCCCAAAAGAGACCAAAUCGCGGGAAAAUUGAAUACGAACAGGACAUACCCAUCUCGAGUAAUAGCAACCAAUCUACCAAGCAGCCAAGGCAGAAAUCUCACAACCAGGCUGAAUUCCAGUUUGCAGAUAGUAAUACAAAGGAGUUUGCAAAAGAAGGGGGUAGUAAACGACGAAGGGAUGAUAAAAGUCUUCCAUGGGAACCACCAAACUGGCGACAACAGCUGGAGAACAUCAGACAAAUGAGGGCUAGUAGGGAUGCGCCGGUAGAUUCCCAGGGGUGUGAGAGAACUGCAGACACGAGCACCACACCUCAGGUUUAUCGCUACCAGGUGCUUGUAUCUCUAAUGCUCUCAAGCCAGACCAAGGAUCCGGUCACAUUUGCCGCAAUGGAAAAGCUAAAAGCUCAUGGAUGUACUGUGGAUAAGAUACUUAACACCAGUGAUGAUAAGCUGGGUGAAAUGAUAUACCCUGUGGGCUUUUGGAGGAAAAAGGUGGAUUACAUCAAAAAAGCUACCAACAUCUGCAAAGCACAGUACCAAGGCGACAUCCCAUGUACUAUUAGUGAACUAGUCGAGUUACCUGGAGUGGGGCCCAAGAUGGCUCACAUCUGCAUGAGUGUAGCAUGGGGCCAACUAACAGGAAUUGGUGUAGACACACAUGUUCAUAGGAUAUGUAACAGACUUGGAUGGACAAAGAAACCAACUAAGACCCCUGAGGAGUCCAGGCUUGCUGUGGAGGCAUGGUUACCAAGGGAAGAAUGGAGCGAGCUGAAUGUCCUUCUUGUUGGAUUUGGACAGCAGAUCUGUCUGCCGGUUGGGCCAAACUGUCAGUCAUGUUUGAACCGUGACAUCUGUCCUGGGGCUGAAAACAGAAAGAUUCCAAAGAAGUCUCCAAAGAAGUCACUUCAUGCUUAAAUACUUGGUCUUUUAUAUUUUUUUACAUCAUCUGACUGUAUUCUAUUUUGUAAAAAAAAAACACACACACACAGAUAGAACAUAGUUAAACCAAGAAACAUUUGAUAUUUUACAAAAUAGAAUCUCUGAUCUUCUCGUGAGAUUAUCUACUGUUAACCCACAUCUUGAAACACCCUGGGUCUUCCUGCUUGCAACUCUUUAAGGUUGUUGCUUGGGUCACGUUUACAGCUCUAUGAACAGGGCUUCUGGAAUUACGCGCUUGUGCGGAAGCGCGUAAUUUGACUUUCUCGGCGUAAUACACAAAUUUCCGCGUAAUUUGGCUAAAUUUUGAAAGACAAAACAUUUAAGUGCACAGCUAAUGUGUUCUUUUAGGGUUCUUACCUCUAUUUCUCGUAAAAAAGACAGUAAUUCUUCUUAGAGUGCGGUAUUUCGAACUGAAUUUCGAAAACAAAUAAAAUGAUUAGGCGUUCUUGCUAAACCAUGAAGGCCUGGUGACUUGGAGC